ACGUUUUCUUUUUGAAACUAACCUUUUUUUCUUAAUAGAAACAAUUUUCAUCUAAUAACAUUUUGACUUCGAGGGAAAGAAAAAAGGGUACAAAAGUCACAACACCAAGUUUUGGUGCGAUUGGGGGAAGGACAAUAACGUAUAAAUGGUAGUGUGCAAGAAGGUUUAAUUAUCUACAUAUAUUUCUAUGAUGAUGAUGCGGGUUUAGGAAGAUGUAUAUGUACGUAGGUUAGUUAAUAUUGCUUGAUUGUUAUAUAGUACAACUCUCAUCUCUACAUGAUUGUGAAGCCUUAUCACUCUAGAGACAUAAAUGGUAGUGUAUAGGAUGUAUGAGACAAUUUGUACAUAGAUGCAUAUGUGUGUGUAUAUAGACUAGUAUGAGAAUGGAUCAUAUGCAUCUGUGUGUAGAUUUAUGUAUAGACAGACGUCCAUACAAUGGGUUGAUUAAUAUAAAAGACUUGAAGGUACCAACAAUAAGUCAAUAAAUCGUGUCACCAAACAAAAGAAAUCUACCAUUUGUGUCCUGCCGCGUUGUUGGUAAGUAGAUCAACUCAACUCGUUUAAAUACUUUAAUUUACACAUAAUUUCUACAUAAUCGUUAUUUUCCCCUAAACUGAACUCAACUCGUUUAUAUUGUAAGCUUCGAAUAUUGUGCAAUUUUUUUUGGAAUUAGUUAUUGUACCCUAAAUCAUACGACUCACUGACCUAAAUGCUAUAGCUGGCCUACUAAAAUUAUACUUUUCCACCAUUUUCCAAAUAAUUACCAAGCUUAUCGUAAAUUAAUGCAUAUAUAGAACAAUUCAAAACCAAAAGGUUAAUACAGAGGAUUAAAAUUUCCAGUUUAUCCCACAAAAUAAAGUAACUAAACUAAUAACUUUCAAUCUAGAAAAGUAAUACUCAUCUUUUUCUUUGUUUUUUUUUCCAUACUCGUUUGUUGCAUUUACAUACAAACUCGUUAUAUAUAUAGACCAUAACUUCAUCUAUAUAUACACCAAUUAUAACAAGAACUAAGAACAAAAAAUUGAACACAGAUUUCUACCAAAAAAAAACAGUAUCACAAAAUGUCAAAGCUCAUUCUUAUCCUCCCCGCACAAAUCCUCCUCCUCGCCAUCUUUGCCUCCGCCGAAGACGGUGGAUACUUUGCAAGCACAAUGAACCCGAAACGCCUCCAGAAGGAGAAGCUCACUCAUCUCCGAGUCUAUUGGCAUGACAUCCGAAGCGGUCAAAACCCUAGUUCCAUUAUGAUCCAACCGCCGGUUAAGAAGUACUCCUCAACCUACUUCGGAUCAAUCACAAUGAUAGAUAACGCACUAACAUCUGAUGUGCCGAUUAACUCUACAGUCGUGGGUCGGGCCCAAGGUUUCUACGCAGGAGCGGCCCAACGUCAGCUAGGUUUCUUGAUGGCGAUGACUUUCGCUUUCAAGACGGGGGAGUAUAAAGGAAGUACGAUCACGAUUCUUGGUCGGAACACAGUGCUCUCUGAAGUUAGGGAAAUGCCGGUGGUCGGAGGAAGUGGAAUCUUCCGGUUCGCUAGAGGAUAUGUCGAGGCUAGGACUAAGUCGUUCGAUCUAAAAUUAGGAGAUGCUAACGUUGAGUAUAACUGUUUUGUCUUGCAUUACUAAGAUAAUUAACCAAAAUAAGAAUGUGUCCUCUAUGCACUUUUUAUUUGAUUUAAAAUUAUAAUAAGAGUGACAUUUUAUGUUGAGUAA